AUGGCGUCACAGUUCGAGGUUCUUCUUGCUGUCAACUUGGGAGACUUUGCUGUAGGAUUUACUCAUGGAGAUGGCCUGCCCAUAAUCCAACACGCUGCUCGUUAUCGUUGUAGCAAUGUACCGACGCAUGAGGAAGUUAUUCUGCCACGGCGUCACUAUUUUUGGAUGUCACUGUGGAAAAUGGCAACUCAGCCACAGCAGUUGAAGAAGCAACAAGCAGCUCGCAGGCGCCUAGGCGUCGACACGCCUGUUGCAGCAGCAGGGUUACCUACAAAGCGCGAGACGAGCAAGGCUAAGCACCACAAUCCUGACGACGCAGCAGGAAGAGUUCAGGAUCGCCUUGAUAGCCGCAGCCUACACCACACCCUCACCAUGAUGCUGCAGCUGGAAUCGUGGAUGGACGAGCUGGGCCUCGUGGUGAUCGCCGCUGCGCUGGUGCUGUGGGUGUGCUACUUCCGGCACUUCAGCUACUGGACAAAGAAGGGCGCCCCACAGUCGCGACCCUGGACGCCGUUUGGAAACUGUUACAAGUCCAUCUUGCAGAAACAAAUGCUGUCAGAGGACCUUGACGAACUCUAUCGUCAGUUCAGAGGUAAGCGCUACGUGGGCUAUUACCGUGGACUUGAGCCCCGCUUGCUGGUCAUCGACCCAAAUCUCAUUCGUCAAAUACUGGUCAAGGACUUUGACUUCUUCACCGACCGAGAACCUGUCCCUCUAGAUGACCCAAUACUGGAGGGUCAGCUGUUCUUCAUGAAGGGCGAUCGAUGGCGCCGUCUGCGCAACAAACUCAGCCCACUGUUUACCAGUGGCAAGCUGAAGAACAUGUUCCAGACGCUGAACGAGUGCGGCAGCGAGAUGGUGGAGGUGCUGGCGGACGCCGCGCGGGAGGGCAAGGUGCUGCAGUUCCGAGAGGUGUUCGCCCUCUACACCACGGAGGUGAUCGCCACGCUCGCCUUCGGCGUCAAGCUCAACUGCCAGAGAAACCCGGACUGCGACUUCAGGAUGUGGGGCCGCAUCCUCUUCCAGCCACGGGCCAGGCCCUUCAAGGAGAUCGCCACCGAAAUCUUUACGCCUCCGCUUAAGCGAUACCUCGAUUCCAUAGCUCCCAGGAACAAUGCACUUCAGUUUUUCGACAACAUGGUGAAGGAGACACUCCACGAUCGCUUAGAAAAUGCCAUCAGAAGGAGCGAUUUCAUGGACCUUUUCAUCCAGCUUCACACUAAGGGUUUCGUCGAAGGCGAGAAGCAAGGAGGCACUGACUGGAAACUGUCGGAGAACGAAGUGUCGGCGCAGGCCUUCCUGUUCUACAUCGCCGGUUUCGAGACGUCGUCGACCACGAUGAGUUUCGCUGCUUACGAGCUGGCAGUCAACCCGGACAUCCAGCAGCGGGUGCUGAAGGAAAUUGACUCCGUGCUGGCAGAGAGCGGCGAGAUCUCGUACGACUCUCUCGCGAAGAUGAAGUACCUCGACAGAGUGCUGUCAGUGAAAAAUAUGGCACCAUACUUACAACUUACAUGA